AUGACUUCUUGCAGCAACACCUGUGGGUCCAAGCAAGCCCAGGCUGACACUGAGGGCGGGUACCAGCGCUAUGGAGUUCGGUCCUACCUGCAUCAGUUUUAUGAGGACUGCACUGCCUCCAUCUGGGAGUAUGAGGAUGAUUUCCAGAUCCAGAGAUCGCCUAACAGGUGGAGCUCGGUAUUCUGGAAGGUCGGACUCACCUCAGGCACUGCAUUUGUGAUUCUCGGACUAACUAUCCUGGCAGUGGGCUUUCUUGUGCCCCCCAAAAUUGAAGCUUUUGGUGAAGCUGAUUUCAUGGUGGUUGACACACAUGCUGUGCAGUUCAACGGCGCCCUGGACACAUGCAAGCUAGCGGGGGCUGUGCUCUUCUGCAUUGGGGGCACAUCCAUGGCAGGGUGCCUACUGAUGUCCAUGUUUGCCAAGAGCUAUUCCAAAGAAGAGAAGUUCCUUCAGCAGAAGUUUAAAGAGCGAAUCGCAGACAUCAAAGCCCAUACCCAGCCUGUCACUAAAGCUCCAGGCCCAGGGGACACCAAGAUCCCAGUCACUUUGUCCAGAGUUCAGAAUGUGCAGCCCCAAUCAUCCACUUGA